AUGGGUGGCGCAUUCGGCAAGGAUGGAAAGGUUACAAAAUUUUUCGAAAAAAUUCCCGUUGUAGGUUACGGUGUGGCAGCUAUUCAUGGUAUAGCUGGUAAUCAUGACCAAGCAAAGCGAGCAGCUGCUAGCGCAACUAAUUCUACAAUUACUACCAUUGGAACUGUAGCCGGAGGACUGGUGGGUGGACCUGCUGGAGCGAUGGCAGGAGGUGCUGCUGCCAGUGCAAUUGGUAUUGGUGCUGAACACGGAAUUAGUGGACAUAUAAAAGAUCCAGAAGUGCGAAAAGAAGUUGGUGAUGUGUCUGCCAAACGAUUUAUAACUGAUAUGGGAUUUUCAGCAAUUGGAGGUGGUGCAGGUAAAACUGGAUCAAUAGCUGCCAAAGAGGCACUGAAGGAGGCAGGAGUUCAAGGGUUGAAAAAGAAGGCAGGAGAAUUCGUUGCAGGACAAGCAGCCAGUGGUAUAUUUGGUAAGCUUCCUGCCAGCUUGACUGCCACAUCGCUAGCAUCGCAUAACAAACCUCCAACUCAAGAGAUAAAGACAUCAGCAUCGGCUGCAUUGGACAGUGCUGCCGACGACAAUUUACCACAGGCAGCACAAGAACAGGAAGCCGAUCAAUUCAUCAACACAGCUGAUCUGCAGCGAUUACGAGACAUUCAAGAAGAAGUACGUGAAUUACACCAAAAUAUUCGCGAUGCUGAGAAAGAAAUCGAAGAGCUUGACCGAAAGAUCCAGGAGCUCCGUGAAGAACAGGAAACAGCUGAACAGGAACUGAAUGAACUGAUGAAAGAAAUGCAACAACUAACACAAAAAGUUCAGCGACUUCAAGAAGAACUGCAAAAGUUACACGACGCUGAACAACGGCUUAUUGCUGAGCGUGAUCAACUUCAAGCGGCUCUUGCUCAACAUGAACAAGCACUCGAACAGGAAAAGAUGAAGUUACGCGAAAUCGAAAAUCGAAUGCAAGUGCUCGAAAAUGAAAAACGAACUAUCGAACAACAACGACAAGAACUCGCCGAAGCAUUGCGCACUGCAGAGAAAGAAGAACAGGAAGUCAAUCAGCAAAUUGCAAAACUCGAGUCUGAACAAGCACAACUCGAGCAGCAGCUCAAUAGACUUCGUGAAGAAGUCGCUCAACUCCAACAGACAAUCCAACAACUCAAUCAACAACUUCAACAGUUGCAAGAAGAAACUGCGCGAAUCGAGCAAGAAAUCGCCGAACAAAUAGCUCGUUUGCAACAGAUCGAAACAGAAGUAGCUCGCAUUCAAGAAAAGAUUCAACAAAUCGAGCAACAGAUUGCUGAAAAGGAAGCACAGUUGAGAGAAAUCGAACAACAAAUUCAACAGAAGACAGAAGAAAAACAAGCAGCCGAAAGAGAGCUACAAGAAGCCGAACAAAGGCUUCGGGCAUUAGAGAAAGAACUAGAAACAGCCAAAGCUGAAUUGGCAAAUCAACAGGAGAAACUCGCGGAAGCUCAAAGGCAAGUAGCUGAAUGUGAAGCGAAAGUGCAGCAAGCUGAACAGGAGCUCAAUCAAGCCAAAGCAAACCUUGAGCAAGCAGAACAGGAAGUCAAUCGUGCGAAAGAAGAAGUCGACAAGAUUACACAAGAUCUUCAGGCUAAGCAACAAGAAUUCGACGAAGCGACAAAUGAAAAGAAUCGACUCGAUCAAUUACUCGCUGAGAAAGAAAAGGAACUUGAACGGCUGGUCGAAAAUACACAACGACUCGAACAAGAAGUUCAAAAUUGCAAAGCAGAACUUGAUGCUGCCAAUCAACAGUUGAAUGAAUACAUCGAAACACUUCGAAAAGAAGAAGAAUUGGAAGUUCAGAAGCAAAAGGAAGUCGAAGAUGGUGAGCGUGCGUUGAACGAAGCGCAAAAUGAAGCUGAUCAAGCCGAACAAGAGGAAAAUCAAACCAAACGAGAACAUGACGAAGCUGUGCGCGAAGAGGAAAAUGCUCAAAAGCAAAUCGAAGAUGCCGAAAGAAUUUUACAAAAAGCUGAAGCAGUGCUUCGUGCGGCUCAGAUAGCUGCUGAAGCACAAUCAGUUCUCGACACUUUGAAGAUCGGUAAUAACGCCAAAUCAGAUGUUUCAGCGUGUGAAGCAGCCGUGUCACAAGCUCGAUCCUCGCUCGGUGACAAGCAACGCAACAAAUCCGAUGCCAUUGCCAGACGAGAAAGAGCGAACGCUUCGCAUCAAGCAGCUAUUUCCAGAAACAAUGCUGCCAAGGCAAAUCUCGCUACGAAGAAAACCGAGUUGGAAACGAAGCGCAAUGAACUGAGGCAACAAAUCGAAGUUAAAAAUAACGCUAGACAACAGGUAGAAAAACAACAAGGAACUGUCCAAGAUCUGACAACUAAACACAAUGACCUUACUCAAAAACUUGCAACUGCUAAGGAUGAACAGAUGGCUAAAACGAAUGAUGUCAACGAUCAUCGAGCUCAAGUACAAAAACAAGCAGAACGGGUGCAAACGCUCAAUGGAGAAUUGCAAACAGUAAAAGAUCAACUUAACAAUGCCCAACAGAGUCUAACCAGGGCGGAACAGACGAGAACUGAAGCAAACCAGAAGAUGCAAGCAGCCGAAGGUCAGCUUACAGCAGCUCGAGCAGAUCUAGAUGCCAAAAACGCAGCAUGUCGCGAAGCAGAAUCUGCUGUCAAACAAAAAGAACAAGAAGUGGAGAAAAAGCAAAACGACAUCAAUGCACAGCAGACAACUGUCUCCAGUGCUAAGGAGCGCAUAGCAACUGUCGAAUCUGAGUUAAAUCAGACAAAAACAAGAAAAGAUGAAAUGAAUAGAGAAAAGAAAGAACUAGAGAAUCAACGGUCUACUGAACAGAGCAACCGUGACAAACUCAAAUCCGACGAACAACAGACGAAAUCCAAGCUUGAUGCAGCUCAACAGCGAAAGCAACAGACAAUCAAUCGACAACAGGACGUACAGCGACAAAUACAAAAUCAACAAGAAACUAUGAAUCGAAAGGAUGCUGAGAUAAAAAAUACAGAGGGGAAAAUGCAACAGAAACAACAAGAACUUUCCCAGAAGAAGCAGGAACUUGAUCAGCGUAAAGCUCAAGUUCAACAAGUGAAAGAAAAGGUCGCACAGAAUGGCAGAGAUUUGCAAGAAAAAAACGCUGCUAUUGCUGAUACGAAGAGAAAAGCACAAGAACAAACGAAUGCUAAGCAGGCUGCUGAACGGCAGGUUAAUGAAAGUCAACAACGACUUCGAACGGCUCAAGAUCGACUGAAAAAUGUAUCUGAGCAGUUAGCCGAUAAACAAAAAACAUUCGAUGAACAUAGUCGAAAACAAACUGAAUUAAACGGCACGAUCGAUGAGCGAAAAUCAAAUCUGGAACGUAUAGCAGCACAAUCAAAUGAUACUCAUAAUGAUUGGACAUCGAAACGAGCAUGGGUGUCUGAUGCAGCGAGUCACUUGUCUACUCUGACAGGCGAAAUUGACUCGAUAAGAGAAAGAAAUGUAGCUGAAAUUCAAAACAAUACAAAUCGAGCGCGGCAUCGUCCUAAUGAUUAUUUAAUCACACCAAGCCGUAUUCCACAACAACUUCUACGCAAAUAG